AUGAUGGCCAAUCCUGUAAUGCCGCCCAACCCCGCCAUGUCCAUGCCCCCUAAUAUGCCGCCGGGUAUGGCACCUGGCGGUAUGCCAAUGGGGAUGCACCCCGGACCCAUGCCCGGACAAGGAAUGCCUGGUAUGCCAAUGGGACCAAUGGGCGGGAUGGGGGUACCAAUGAUGCCAAAUGGUCCCCCUCAAAUGCACCCUGGCUUCCCUCCGCUGAGGUUGGACCUGAGGAUCGAAGAGAUGAACAGACGGUUGGAGGCUUUUGUACAGAGUAGAGUAAGUGGUUUGUUUGAGGUUUGUGGCUUUUAGGUUACGGUAUCAGGUUUUACAGAUGUUUUAUUUGGUUUAUACAUGUUGUAGUACAUUAAAAAUGUAACAUUAGUGUUUUUAGAAGAAAUUAUUGAUUUUAAGGUUUUAAACUUUGAAUUUUAGGCAAGUUUAAGCCCAGAACACAUUUCCCAAUGGUGGGAUGCCUUUUCCAACGAAUUCUUUGAGCCAGAAAGCUUCAUCACCUACUCAAUAUUGGAGAACCGACCUGAAGGAUUAAUUCCCAAGAAGUACAGUAAGUUUUCUUGCCUUAGUAUACUCAGUAGUAUUAAUAUACAUAAGUUUUUUUUACAAAAUUAAGGAUAUUUUUUGAGGAUGUUUCUCAUUAUCUAUAAGAUAAUCAUACUAAACUUUUCAGCCCUAAGCAGAACACUGAUCCCUCGCCUUUUCAUGACCUACAUGAACACCCUAACAGAUAUGAAAAUCAUAAUCAAAGCUCAACAAGAACGGUUUUGUGCUCAAGGUGCGGCGAUGGGAGUAGCAUUGGAUGCGGAGAUCGAUUGGGUAAUGAACAUGGAGAAGCCGGUCAAGAUCAACAUUACAGCGAUGUCAAAGUUUUUCAUCGAGUUUGGGAUGUUCGACGAGACAUUCAGCUACAGGAUAAAACAUAUGUUCAUCGACUGUAAAUAUGCGCAGGAAACGCCGCUGGAACCUGAUCAGGUAGGUAUUUGAUGUUGUAGUAGGGAAUGGAGAAAAAACUUGGCUUUUUUGGUUAAAAAGUGAAUAGAGCAUGAUGAAACACUAAAUAAAAAGUGAGGUUUAGGUAUUAUUUUCAAAGAUUAAACUUAGUUUUGUGGGGUUUUGGUCAAAAAGUAUGUAGAAAACAGUUGUUUUGUUGAAAAACUAAAAAAUUAUUGAUUUUAGGUAACAAUAGUCAAGAAAAGUAAAUUUUAACAUUUUUUUUGAUAAUAUUAAAGACAUCAUUUCAGAAAUACCCUCCCCAAACCGUCUGUGGAAUCCCUCGACCCAUCAUGGAGCUCCUGAAGAACGCCGAGAUCCUCGAACCCAUGAAACGAGUAAUGGCAGUCAGCAAAGGCUUCAACAUCUCCCCGCAAGAAAGCAUGAGGAAGGUGGUGUUCGAGAUGCAUCAGGCCAAGAACAACGAGAAGAACCAAGCGAUGCAGAAUCAGAUGAAUGCUCAACAGAUCCAAGCCCAGCCCCCGGAGGAAAAGGCGAAAACGACCAGGAAACGGUCGAGAAAGACGGCCGCAAACGGUGGGGCGCCAGCCACGACGGCACAGAGGAAGAAAGGUGGAGGUGCUCAGCCAGGACCAUCCGGGCCAGCACCUAAUGGCAUGGGCAUUCCUGGACAGCCUUUCCAGCCUGGGGUAGGUAGAAUUUUAUUUUUUUGGGGAAUUUGUUGUAGGUCAAUAUAUUAGUAUGGAUAAUAUAUUUUUAUUUUCAAGGGGCAUUCUGAUCUUCAAAAGUACUUUUUUAAAUAUUUUUUAAUUUUUGGUCCUUUAAUUUUGCAUUUUUUUAUUUCAAAAGUCUAAAAUCUCAAAAAUUUCAAAUUUGGUUAAUUUUCAAAUGUCGCAUUCAUGAUUAGUGAUGAAUAUUCCAAUCAUCAAGUACUAAAAUUAUGUUUGAUUCAGAACUUAAAUUUGUCUAUUUAUCAAUUUACAUAAUGUUUGGCUAAUGAUCUUGGAAUAACAACCAAUCUCGUGAUAUUCACCAUGAUUUUUGUCGUUGCUUCCGGGAAAUUGAUAUUACCUAGGGUCGGAUGCUUUUUUUUGGUAUUUUGUGUCACUGCGCUAAGCGUGGUACCUUUUUUCAUUCGGUACUGUUUCUAGGUCCUUCUAGGUUUCUUACACCCUAUACAUACCUAAUUAAUAUACCUCAACAUCUAAAACCAUAUAAUUUCAGUAUAACAUGCCAAUGGCUUCUACCGAGGUCCUCGUCGUGCACGAACCUUCAAUGUUGGGCUCGGACUAUGCUGAAAGUGAUGAACGAGCCAUCUCUCGAGUCGAGAACCCAUCGUACGAUCAGAAUGCCAACAACACGAUGCAGAGCUUGGACGGUCCUCUGAUGGGCCAGAACCAGAUGGCCAUGGGUAUGAAUGGAAUGAUGAUGCCACCGAACAGUAUGAACGGAUCGUGA